GUUCGGCCAGGUCUGGAGAAGCGGGACCUGGCCCAGAGCGCGACGUCUGGGAGGGGUUCCAGGCGACCUGGUGAGCCUCCCCUGGACCUGGGCAGUAUCCCCUGGUUAGGCCAUGCUUUGGAGUUUGGAAAAGAUGCUGCCAGCUUCCUCACUAGGAUGAAGGAGAAGCAUGGUGAUAUUUUUACUGUACUGGUGGGGGGCAGGUACAUCACCGUCCUCCUGGACCCACAUUCCUACGACUCGGUGGUGUGGGAGCCUCGCACCAAGCUGGAUUUCCACGCCUAUGCCAUCUUCCUCAUGGAGAGGAUUUUCGAUGUGCAGCUUCCACAUUACAACCCCAGUGAUGAGAAGGCCAAGAUGAAACCGACGCUCCUCCACAGAGACCUCCAGGCACUCACCGAAGCCAUGUAUACCAACCUCCGCAAUGUCCUGCUGGGCGACACCACGGAAGCGGGCAGUGGCUGGCAUGAGAUGGGUCUCCUCGAUUUCUCCUACAGCUCUCUGCUCAGAGCCGGCUACUUGACUCUGUACGGAGUCGAGGCACUGCCACGCACCCACCAGAGCCAAGCCCAGGACCGCGUCCACUCAGCCGACGUCUUCCAUACCUUCCGCCAGCUUGACCUUCUGCUCCCCAAACUGGCACGGGGCUCCCUGUCAGUAGGGGAUAAGGACCGUGUGUCCAAGGUCAAAGGUCGACUCUGGAAGCUGUUGUCCCCAGCCAGUGUGGUCACCCGGGCCGACCGGAGCAGCUGGCUUGAGAGUUACCUGCUGCACCUGAAGGAGAUGGGCGUGUCGGAGGAGAUGCAGGCGCGGGCUCUGGUGCUGCAGCUUUGGGCCACGCAGGGGAACAUGGGUCCUGCUGCCUUCUGGCUCCUGCUCUUCCUCCUCAAGAACCCCGAGGCUUUGGCUCCCGUCCGCGGAGUAUUUAAAUACAACCGAUUCCUGAACCCCGACGGAUCAGAAAAGAAAGACUUUUACAAGGAUGGGAAGCGACUGAAGAAUCACAGCAUGCCGUGGGGAGCAGGGCACAAUCAGUGCCUGGGGAGGGCUUAUGCCAUCAACAGCAUCAAACAGUUUAUAGUCCUGGUGCUGGCACACUUUGACCUGGAGCUGAUCGACCCAGAUGUGGAGAUCCCUGAGUUUGACCUCAGCCGGUACGGCUUUGGGCUGAUGCAGCCGGAACGCGACGUGCCCAUCCGUUACCGCAUCCGGCCAUGACCUCCAGGCUUGCCCCCACCCCACCUGCCCUCCUCCAUCGCCUAACUUUCCAUGUUCGCAUCGGGCCCGGGUGCAGAGCUUCGAACACUCAAUAGUGCCAGUGUUAGCAUUUUCCUGUUUUCUCCUUAGAAGGUUGGUCCAGGGGAGGGCGAAGACAGGAAGCCGAGAGAAGGAAUAGGUCCAAAAUGAGGCUCUUUCUCCUCCCAGCUCACUGUGUUCCUCUCGCCUUACGAUACCCACACCAGCCGGGCAGACAGCUCAGACUUGGAGUCCUGACUGCUCUGCCCCCAAUUGCCGGAGGGGCCACCCUCCAAGUCCUUGACCAAGGUGCCGUCAGGGCCUUAACCACUCUGGGUAGAUGCUGGCCAUAAAAAGACCAAUUGGGUCCCUCGAAAUAAGCUCUGUCCCCGGAUGAUUAGUAAACUAGCUGAAGCCAAAGGAGUCCUUAGAACCCCUGCUUUCCGAGGUGCCCCGUUCCCGCAUCUCUCUGUUCACAGUGAUACUUGAGAAAACGCAGAAGAGUCUUCCCAAAGCUGGAGCACCCAAGGCACCGAUCGUGAGCACCCUCCGGACACUGGGCUCUGAGCAGUAGGGUUCUCUGUUGCAGAGUUACAGGCUGCAAAUGGGACGAGCUUUGCCAGAGCCGACACUCGUGUCGGGAAUAAGAAAGACACCUCCCCCCACGGGAUGGCCCUGAUGGAAGGAAGCAGCCAGGCUCCUUGCACUGGGCAAGCCAAAGAAAGAGGAGGCGUUGGUUUCCUCCAUUCUAGCUCAGAAGCUCCAGCUACGGGCGUGAUCCGGUCUGCAGACCUGUUUUGUUCAGCCUGCACUUUUAAAAAAUAAUACGUUAGUUGUGUUCAUAUCGUUGGGAGAGUUGACUCCAGAGGUUCAUCGUCUCUUGAAAACUUGGAAGAUGUGGCCACACUGGGCCCAUAUUCCCAAGGGUGACCGCUGACCCUCGCUGAGAAGCAGCCUCCUCCCUUAUCCGGGGCAUAUGUCCUUCACCAGGGCUUCUCCCUGGUGGAAAUUUUUCUUUCUGCUUCUCCAUUCACAGUAUGCCUUCUCCCGGCUCCUGAAGGCAUUCGAGUUUGAGAACCCUGUUCUAACUCUUAGAAGGGAUAUUGUAGGAGGCGGUGGGAACCUGCUGACUGGUUCUCAGACCGAUGGCCCAUCCUUCUGGGUGCACCACCUUUUAAACAAAAAGAUCAGUGAUGAAAACCUGCCUUUGCAUCAGCUUGGGGGGGAAAAACAGUUCAAAGAGAAAAAUUGCUUAGAAGCCUUUAUUAUGAUGGCAAGUAUUAGUAUUAGGUCCUGUUUAUUGAAAACUCUCUAAAUUUCUGUGAUGGGCACAGGAGACAUAUCAUUUCUACUUCUCACAGCUUCUCUGCAAAGAAGAUGGUUACGCCCUUUUUGCAGAUGAGAAAACAGUCUGAGAGGUGAAGUAACUGCACAGUUUACAAGCUGGUAGAAUCCGGCAAACAGACUUAUUGUCCCAAUAGCAAAUGCAUUCCUUGGGCUCAGGGGGCUGUUAGAGGGGCAGUUCUGUCUGACAGCAGAGCCAGAGGCACCCAUGGGUGGAUAUAACUCGAGAGAUGCAGGCACGCACGCACGCAGCUAGGUUCCCUUAGCUUUAGUUGAAGGAGAAGAGGGGAACCUGAAAUUUUGAAUGUUUCAGGGGCUAGUGUCUUCUUAGAGCAGUGUCAGGGCUUGGGGGCUUCCCCAGCCCUCAGCCUCUAGGUACCCCCAGGAUUCCCAGAUAGACACUGUGAUUGGCAGGAGGCAGGAUAUCCCCAGGGAAACCCAUCUUCAUGCCUGGGUGACCCCCGCUGCUGCCUGCUUCUUAACUCUGCAGGAAAUCAGGGCUGGCAGCCUCCUGUGGGAGGACGGAGCCGGUUUCUAUGGCAACCCUGGGCUGCCUCAUCCUGGCUUGGAAGGGAAGGAAGAAGGCCAGCAGAAAUAGCUGCAGGAAGACCUCUGUGCAAGGCCGCUCUCCCGGCAUGCUGGGGAAAAGCCUUUAUGCCUCCCCUCCUCCAAAUCGGGGCUGCUUUGUCGCUGACUAUCUUCUCUCCUAGGUUGAGAAAAGGGCCAAUUUCCUUUAAAGGUGGCACCUCCUUGGAGCCACAGUCAUUAAGAAGAGAUAAUUCUCCCACCAGGCAGCUCCAGCUGGUACCAGAGAUAUUGAAGUACAGCUUAGGAGACAAUGAUUUAAGCCUUCCCUUGUUUCAAUCUUUAUUUUUCUUUUCUUUCUUCUUUUACAAAAUAUAAGUUAUAGAGAAAAGAGGGAAAGAUGAGUGGGUUAGCUCCUUGCUACAGGUUCAUUAGGAAGGUAGCCGGAUGUCAUUGUAUUUCUUCAUACCUUGCUUGAGAGUCACAAAAUUGCGGGACGUGUGUUAGAAACGCCCUGAGAUUGACCUAAUGAAGUGUUUCCUUGAUGUGAGCAUUAUUAUUUUUUGCUAUAUUUUGUAUUGUUGUUUACCUGAUAUUUUCCUUUAAACAGACUCAUUUUUUAAACUUAGAUUUCUUUAAAAAGGGAACUUUUUUUGAUCACUGCCGAUAAUGAACAAUGUAUGUCGUUCAUUGCCAAAAAUACAAAGUGACUGGAGCGGGGGUCCCCAAGCUGGUGCUGCCAAGGCUCAGAGCCCGAGACCUGUCUCUUCUGUUACAGAAUGAGACGAGUGGGUAUCUGGGUGGCGUUCAAGCUAGGCCACCCUGAGACUUUCUCCUUGAUAAUCAGGAAAAGGAGUAAGCUGCUUGCCACGUGGGUCAACUGUGCAUUAUGCCUGGUCUGAGUGCCACCUAGGGUCUUCUCCCACCAACAGGCCCUGAGAAAAGCGAGUUGGUGACAGUCCACCUGCCCAUUCUCCAGAUGGAGAAACAGGCUCUGAGCGUCAAAGCGUCUUGCCAAAAGUGAUUGAUUUUGAUGUCUUUUUUUUUUUUUUUAACAAAUACAGUGUUUCGUGAAUAGCAGUGAUUAUUAUGCUUGCUGUUUAAAUAAAGAGUUCUAUUUUCAUAUUAUAUCGUGGAGUGGAAACAUGCUGAAAUAUAUUAAAUCAUUCUUGUACAUGGAA